GUCAAGGUCCAGCAAGCGUAGGUUGAAUACACCAUUCUUGAUUCCCUCAUCCACAUCCACAUCCACAUCCACAUCCACAUCCACAUCCACAUCCACAUCCACAAGUUCUUCUCUUCCUACCGCCAGCUCAUUUGUUGCGUCCGCUCGGGAGCAGCCGUUCAGGCACGUCGAUUCGGUGAUGGGGCAUCCUCUGGCCAGCACGGCCACCUCUUCGCUUGGGUCGCAGGACAGCUCCACUGCGCAGCUACCCCAGCCAGGUCCCAGCACAUCCACCAUCAGGUCCAUCCAUCGCACUCUAGCGCCCUCCCCAUUGGCCUUGACAGACCACCCUCAGGAUUCUGGGCGCGCAAGGGCUCGCGCCCGCGUGUAUCCGCAGGGCAUCCCAUCGCAUCCGCCUUCAUCCCCCCAUCGUAGUCAAGACUUCACAGCUUCUUCCAUCGCAUCCUCUUCACGCCCAUCCGCUGUCGCAGAGUACGUGGUAAGCACAGCAACAACCAGCAUCAGCGACCUACGCAUACAAGUCUGUUUGCCUGUACCAGAGUCAUCGGCAGCCUCGGCAUCAAAAGUCGAAAGGCCGAUUUGGUUCAAGGAGAGGACUCUCAGCUCCGAGCUGGACUCCACCUUGGGCGAUGAGAUCGUCGAUAAUCUGAUCGAUGCCAACAGCGGUAGGGUCAAGUGGAGUACUGCACGACCUGUGAGAGGGUGGUAUCUCCAUCUGCGGAGCCCCUCUCUUCCUCCCAAGACUGCAAUACCUCUGCGUGCCUCGCGCGUUCUUUCAAGGGCCGAUGCCGCCGCAAUCGACGUUUCGGCAACUCCACUCGAGGUGGUCAUAGGAUCACGAAUCGAUCGUCAAGCUCUGCGAAGGUGUUCCUGUCACAUUCCUGCCCAUGCGCGACCCCUCCAUCCAUCACGAACAAGUCACAGUCGGCAUGAUUCUGCGGCCGACUUUGAAGAUGUGCCUCUGUCAAAAUUGGAAGCGAGUCCUAGAAAAUUCCCGACGCACAUCUCGACGAGUGGUUUGGAUGCGAGUGGUGCGCGGCACAGCACUUCGACAUCUCUAGACCUAGGUGUGAGCCGCAUCAGCUCGCAGUUUCACGUCCGCAAGAGGAGCGCAGGUGGCGCUUCAGGGUCGGCGGACAGCUCAGUCGGGACCGCUUCAGAGCAAUCUGCUCGAGAUCUGGGCUCCAGAAAUCCGAGCGCGUCCAAAGCCCCAAAGGACGUGGACAUGGUCCCCGAAGAAGCAGAGGACGGAGAUUGGGGUCAUCGCGCCAGGCAGGAUGGUCCGAAGUCGGCCAAGACUUUGCUCAGGCCUCCUUCAUCUAAUGGGCUCACCAAUCACGAUCGACCUUAUGAGCCGGCAUUGCCCAAGGUCCUAUCUCCCCUGCAAGCGAACGGAAACAGCCUGCUUCAUGUCAACACGCCCGAGCUCGAUGGAGAAGGCAAGGAUAUCCAGCCCACAAGGUGCACGUUUGUCUUGCUCGAUGGCACAGGAGCAAGUGCAGAGGGAUGGCAGAGCAUCUUCGGAGCUGCAGAUCUGAAGUCAGACUCACGGAGGAGCAGUGCAGACUCUCUCUCGCCCAAACGGCAGAGUGGCAGCUCAAGCUGGGCUCGUUGGGCAUGGAACAUGAUCCCAGCCCAAGUCCGGCCAUCUUUAGCCUUGGAUUCUUGCAAAUCUUUCACUGUUCGUUGGAUAGAUGUUCCACAGCACACGUCGUCUACGACUGCAGCAGGUGAAAUGGAAGCGCGAACAGACAGGACAGGCGUGCGGCUGGCAAAUGCUGUGGAGAUGUUGAGGUUCGAGGAUCUGACUCCGGCUUGGCUUGGUGCAAAGACGAGGGGUAGAUUGAGGCUGCAGAUGGAUGCUGUCAAGGCCGUCGGUCUCGAAGUGGACUUUUGGAUUCAGGUUGCAUUGAGCUACUUGGAAUUCCUGGAAGAGCGCGAUGGCUACCAUGCUGCGUAUGAUGGAUAGGGCGACGCAACUUUUGGAAUCACAACGGCACACGCAAUACGACCCAUGCCGAU